AAGAAGAAGAAGACGAAGACGUCACCAUUGAGCUUCCUCGUCGCUUCCGGGUCGCCAUGUUGAUGCGGGGAGGAUUACAUCAGUGCUCCUGAGAGUUGGACGGGUCAUGGCGUGUUACUGUCAAAUCAACGCCAGAUGAACGCGGAAAGUCACCAUUAAGUUUGGUUCGAGAACCAGGAGUUGGUGGAAAGGCAGUCAGAAGAAUGCUGAGCCGGCUCUUCAGGCUGCACGGCCUGCUGGUCGCAUCCCACCCACUGGAAGUGAUAGUGGGAACCAUCGCUAUCACAGUGUGUCUCAUGUCCUUGAACAGCUUCGUGGCCAGUAGCCAGGUGUGCCGCUGGGAUGAGUGCCCAAAACGUCAGGAGAAAAUUGCGAGCAGCGAUGUCAUCAUGUUGACCGUCACGCGCUGCAUGGCCAUCGUCUACAUAUACUUUCAGUUCAAGAACCUCCGUCAACUGGGCUCCAAAUACAUCCUUGGUAUUGCAGGGUUAUUCACUGUAUUCUCCAGCUUUGUGUUUAGUACAGUGGUCUUUCACUUCUCCGGGAAAGAGCUGACUGGUCUCAAUGAAGCCCUUCCAUUCUUUCUCCUGCUCAUCGACCUGUCCAAAGCUUGUGCUUUGGCCAAAUUUGCCCUCAGCUCAAAUUCUCAGGAGGAGGUUAGGGAGAACAUUGCCCAUGGCAUGUCCAUCCUGGGCCCCACCUUCACCCUGGACGCUCUUGUGGAGUGCCUGGUCAUCGGAGUGGGGACCAUGUCAGGCGUUCCUCAGCUGGAGAUAAUGUGCUGUUUUGGCUGCAUGUCCGUCCUGGCCAACUACCUGGUCUUCAUGACCUUCUUCCCUGCAUGCGUCUCCCUGGUCCUGGAGUUGUCCAGGGAAUGUCGUGAGGGUCGCCCUGUCUGGCAGCUGAGCCACUUCGCUCGUGUGUUGGAGGAAGAGGAGGUCAACAAGCCGAACCCAGUCACUCAGAGGGUGAAGAUUAUCAUGUCCCUGGGCCUGGUGCUGGUCCACGCCCACUCUCGAUUAGCUACCAACCAGCUGGGGCACAACCGUACUUCGGAGGAAGGGCCCCUCGCCAGCAGGCUGGGCUCUGGAGAUCGAAUGUGGCCCGGGGAGCUUGGCAGCAUGGACCUCCUGGAGCAGGCGGUCAGCCUGCUGCUUGCCCUGCUGCUGGCCCUCAAGUACGUCUUCUUUGAGCCGAGCGAUGCAGAGUCCUCCCUGUCCAUCACUAGCCCCAUCAUGGGCCCCCACAGAGGGGCCCCAGAGAGCUGCUGCAGGCAGGACCCCGCGGCCCUCAUAACUCCCCGGAUCCCCGGGGGGGCUAAGCCACUGGCCACCAGCGGCCCCGCCUGGCCGGCCUGGCCCUGGGAGACCCCGAGCUGCCAGCCUGGGAGUGGCCUCACAGAGAAACUUUCCAGAGGAAAGGCGACUGAGGCCAAAGUGUUCCCAGAGCAGAACGGCUGCUGUGGAUCAGUCCCAGUGGACUCUCCAGCAGGGACUCCUGCAUCUACCCCAUCCUCCUCUGAGGACGAAGACCCCCGCAGCCUUGACGAGUGUCUAGACAUCCUGGCUGAUCCACAGAGAGGGGCCGGACAUCUCAGCGACGCAGAGGUGCAGAAGCUGGUGACCUCCCGCGAUAUCCUGGCCUACAGGCUGGAGGCGGUGCUGCAGGACGCAGAGCGGGGCGUGGCCAUCAGGAGGGACAUGCUGUCCUCCAGACUGCCAGUCCCAAACGCCCUGGACCGGCUGCCCUUCAGGCACUACGACUACUCCAAGGUGAUGGGUAACUGCUGUGAGAACGUCAUUGGCUACAUGCCGGUACCAGUGGGUGUGGCCGGGCCGCUCUUAAUGGACGGAGCACAGUUCCACGUCCCCAUGGCGACCACCGAGGGCUGUCUGGUAGCCAGCACCAACAGGGGAUGCAGGACUCUAUGUCUGAGCGGCGGGUGCAGCAGCAGGGUGCUCUCUGAUGGGAUGACCAGGGGCCCCGUGGUGAGGCUGGCCUCCGCCUGCAGGGCCGCAGAGGUCAAAGCCUGGCUGGAGACCACCGACGGCUUCUGUGGGAUGAAGGAGGCCUUCGACCAGACUAGCAGGUUUGCCCGCCUGGAGAAGCUGCAUGUUGGCCUGGCCGGGAGGAACCUGUACAUCCGCUUCCAGUCGCAGACCGGGGACGCCAUGGGCAUGAACAUGCUCUCCAAGGGUACAGAGCAGGCACUGCAAAGCCUCCAGCAGCAGUACCCCGACGUGGAGGUCCUGUCCGUCAGCGGGAACUACUGCACGGACAAGAAGCCCGCCGCCAUCAACUGGAUCCUGGGCCGGGGCAAGGCGGCCGUGUGCGAGGCCACCAUCCCGGCCAGGGUGGUGCGAGAGGUGUUGAAGACCAGCACGGCUGCCCUGGUUGACCUGAAUAUCAACAAGAACCUGGUGGGCUCGGUGAUGGCGGGCAGCAUCGGGGGCUUCAACGCCCAUGCCGCCAACAUCGUGGCCGCCAUCUACAUCGCCUGCGGACAGGACCCGGCCCAGACAGUGGGCAGCUCCAACUGCAUCACCCAGAUGGAGGCGUCGGGCCCCGGGGGAGAGGACCUCUACAUCAGCUGCACCAUGCCCUCCAUCGAGCUGGGCACCGUGGGCGGCGGCACCAACCUGCCCCCGCAGCAGGCCUGUCUGCAGAUGCUGGGGGUGCAGGGCUCUAGCCCGGGCCACCCGGGGGAGAACGCCCGCCAGCUGGCCCGUGUGGUCUGCGGUGCCGUGCUGGCGGGGGAGCUGUCGCUGAUGGCCGCCCUGGCCGCCGGUCACCUGGUCAAAAGUCACAUGACCCACAACAGAUCUAAAGCCAACUUGUUGGAGACGCCAGCGCAGUCUUGAGGCAGAGUUGGAGACGAGAGUGUGAUGAAGACAACAAUAAUACGGCGCUUUUCCCUUUUUUAUUGCCAUGGAGUUGUGAGUGCUGUACUGAAUCCCGGUGAAGGAAACAAAGAAUCUUAAAGUGACUUCGGAAAAAAGAUCCCUACCUGUUCUUUUAAGGGAGUAGCAGAAUGUUCCGGGUCAAGGAAACAGGAAGUGGAGACCACAUCUCCCUGGAGUGGCAGUGAACACGUCCGGACUGAGCACUGCUCAGCGCUCGC